UUUCUUUAUCCGUCCCUCCUCAGCAGCUUCUUUCUCGACCGGCUCUCUCCAACUGAUUCAAACUUCCUACAGAGUGACAGAGAGAAAGACUCCCUCAGGCCGGUAAACAGACCAGCCUGCUCUACCUGUUUCCUCUCACUGAGGGGGCGGACCAUUUUGCUUCCUUCAUGUCCUUUCCUCCUCUGCCUCCUUUUUGUUCCAACUCCAACUGCUUUAGUUCUUUUCUUCCCUUUUCCGAUCUUGCAUCCUUUUUUCUUUUCCUACUUCCUCAUUUUUCACCAAAAGCCAAAGUAAAUAAAGAAGAAAACAGGCCUUUGAGCUCCGAAACUAAAAUGAAACUUGACUUUUAUUGACAUUUCCUAUUUGCUUGUCUUUUCUUGUUCUGUUCUUUUUGCUUUUGUUGAUAUUUUUAAAGUGUACCUCAAAGGCACAUCUAAACUAUGACUAUAAAUGCCGCAUUGUUUACUUGCUUUAUCCCUAAACUAAUGAACAUUCAAAUCAAAACCAAUUUACCUUUGGCCCAUUUUCCAAAAGAAGUCUUUACCUUUCUCCUUUUAACAUUUUGAAUUGAAUAUUGAAGAGGUCAGGUGGUUUUGUUUUGCAGUUUCAAACCAAGAACAAAGUCACACGGCCAAUUUGUUGUUCUGUUACUUAACGCAAUUUUUGUUUUAUUCAUAUUAUUUUAAUUAUUUCAAUCAAAUAGUUAAUGGGUGGUUAGAAGUGAUGAGUUAAGAUUUUCAGGAUAAAUAAUUGUGUGAAUAUGGAGCCAGAUCAAGAAAAUAAAACAUGUAAAAAUCACUGUAUGUGCAUUUGCACAUUGCACCCCAGUUAUCUGUGUUUUUUGUUCGAGAUCGAACCUAAUCCACUUUAUCUACCCAAAUCAGGUAAUCCAGUUUAUUUCUGGUUUGAAUUUUAAAAUAAAUAAUGGUUCACAUAGAGACUUUUGAGGAUUACCAAAUGUAUGGAAGUAAAACUGUGCCAUCUGAUUUUAAAUUUGAAUUUCUAAAUCUGAAUCUUUUUUGCAUCAAAAUCAGACUUUGAAUUUCAAAACCAUCGAAUUUUAAGCACGCAUUUUUAUUUGUUACACUUAUUUUUUUUCACAAUAAUGAAAUAAAUUCAGUGUAAUUGAUCACUCAAAAUACUUGUAUCGUAAAAAUUCAACUUUUAAAAAACACUGUCAUAAAAAAAUUCACCAUAAAAUAAUUUUCAUUGUCAAAUAAUUCAGUUUCAAAAGAUUUUGUGUAAAACAGACUUACUCAACAUCCGGGUAAUCAGGGGUCAGUGCCACAUGACCAAUAUUGCAUUAUUUGAUUGGCUGGACGAUGGAUGAUUGAGCCAGGAAUCGAUUGCUCUCCCUGGUUACCCUGAUAUAUAAUUUUUACUUUUUUUUUUUUGAAGUUGAAUUUUUACCAAACAAAUCUUUUGAGAGACUGAUUUUUUUCACACUGAAUUUAUUUCAUCAUUGUGAAAAAAUAGGUGUCAGAAAUAAAAAUGCAUGCUUGAAAUUCAAUAACUUCGAAAUUCAAAGUCAAAUUGUGAUGCAAAAAGAUUCAGCUUUAGAAAUUCUAAUUCAAAUUAGACGGCACAGAUUUACUUCCGUACAAAUUUGCAUUUGUCUGGAUUGGCUGCAAUGGAACAAGGUGCUAUAUUAUUUGUCCACAGGGAGUUGCCAGAGUUCCCCCAAACUAAAAGAUCAAUACAGUGCAUAAUGAUAAAUAUCUUGUUUAUUUUGAACAGCUGUCUGCUAAAAUAUUUAAAAGUAUGAAGUUCUUCUCAACUCUUAAAUCCACCUUGGUUUUAAAAUAUUAAAAUGUUUAUCCCCAUUGUAAGAAUGUUGUAUUCCCUAUUGUUUUCACAUUCAGCUACUGUGGAUCAGGAUAACCCUUAUAUAUUUUAGCCCUCCCAAUUCUACUUACAAAUUUUGUACGAGUAAAAACAAAACUGGAUCCUGAUAUAAUCCUGUAUCUCUUUUUUAACAACCUGAUUUCAAAAUCUGAUCCUUUCCAAAAGGAUUGGUCUGUUUUACUCCAGCCGGAUUCUCUCCAAACAGCUGGACCGAAGUUAAAAAAAGUCAAAGGUGAAAGGUACAUUUAGUGAAAUGACACUCUGCUACCCUCAAGUGGCAAGUGUAAGGAAAUACAAAUACAUAUCCAACUACUUUUCCACAGUCCCCUCCCAUUUUAAUUCCCUUGAUAUGAUCUUCCUCUCCUCCAGUCAGUUUACAGUUUGAUAAUUCGGAGAUUAGACAAGACGCUACAUGAGGACAACGUUCAGUGUUUCUAAACAGCUGCACACCUGAGCAGGUAAGUCAUGUUUUCACUUUCAGGUUCCUCUUCACUCACCUGUCAGCAUUUAAAUACGAGAAAUGCUGGUUUAGUACUGGUUAAUGACUGACAAACUUAAAACGUCCAGCCAGUGUUUGACUGGCUGUAUUGUUUACUCUACCUAGUGUGUGUUUACCUUUAACUCACAUUUCCCCACCUGUGAGGUCAAGAUGUCAGAUCAGACACUUUUCAACAAGCAAAAAGCCAAAUGAAACCAGAUAGUGUCUGAUUAAAACCACUGAGGAAAAUAAGCAAUAAAUGUGUCAGCUUGAAUCCAAAAUAAAAAAAAGAGCUUUCGUUGUGAUGCUGAAUAAGGGCGAUGAAAUACCACAUUGUUAAGAUGAGCCUUCAGCUAGGAUUUUAGGUUUAAUAGAUGACGGAAUUCCAACAGAGAGAGCCAAAAAUGGAACAACCCAAUCAUCUUUGGGUUUCAACUCACACCAUGGGGUUACUGAUCGGUAAAUUUUAGAGUCGGCGACCGACCUAUUCAGAACAAAUCUUAGCCUUAAGAUUCUUAAAGACACAAUGCAUCAAGCAUUUCUACUACAGAACUUCAAACUAAAUUAAAGUUAUCUCAGGACACUCUACAAAUAGGGCCUGUUUAGACUGUACCCUGUCGUAUUUACAGGAGCAACAUGAAAGUAAUUAACCAAGACCGGGCACUAGUCAUGAGUAGUGAGAAAAAAACGGUCUUAAAUCAAAAAAGUUAAUUUAAGGACAAUCAGCCAACACAUGCUAGAGAGAUCCUAUUGGGUUGAUUUGGGAUACCCAGCUGAGACAAAGACAAUUUGCAGUUUCCAAAAUGAGUUAGCCCAUUUUGGUUUUACUUUAUCGCUUAAUUGCAAAUCUUGGCCACCCCAUACAGAAGUGCAGGUUGGAAAUACUGUUGGGUGUUGUACAGAUUGGGGAGACCUUCACUAGGGGAUGGUGUUACUUUUUAAAGUUGAUCUUAUCUUGAGAGGUUAGCAUAAAAGUGCAAACUUAUACAGAAAAAAAAAUGUGCUGACAAAAAAGAAAGCAUACACGUUUCAUAACCAACAGCAUUUGUUAGUGAUUAUAACUCGUACAUGUGUCUGAUGAGGGGAGAGAAAACAGGAAGAAACAGUAGUGUGUCUGCGUGGCGGAGUGUGUGGGUGGGGGAAAGGGUUGACAUUUUAGUGUGUGUACGCAGCUGUGGGAGAGAAAGAAAGCCGGUCCAGAAGAGAAGGGCGGGAUGUCUUUAUCUUGUAGCAUUUGUAUACAGUACAUCUCCUUUUCUGGAUACUUUGAGUUUUGUGGCCUUGCUAGAAUUCUCUGUGGAUGGAUAUCUUUAGCUUGCAGUUGGUUUUCUUCAUUGUGGAUCUACUUUUUGUUUGUAAAACUUCUAACCAACUGUCCAUGAUUUGUUGUGGGCCACAUUUAAUCCCCAAAGGUAAAGAUCAUGGAUUAAUGAUGUUGUUGGCAUGUCCAUGUUUGUUCAAUCUGUCUUUGUGAAAAGUAUUUUUGUUCCCUCAUCUUGGGUCAAGUAAAACUUGAUCAUUGCAUCUGUAGUGACGGUUACGAAAACAAGCUUUUAAUUUCUUCUUUUUCUGUUUUUUUUUUGUGUGUGUGUGUGUUUGUUUGUUUGUUAGUUUUUUUUAAUUUUCCUGCUUUUCUGUGAUACAGUCAAUGACCCCUUAUAAAUAGUAUUAUUUCUCAUAGGGAAUAAUUUUGAUGAAACAAAGGUUAAAAAAGACAAAUUUGCAAUCCUCAAAUGCAAUCAUGGCUUCAAAGUAGGUAUUCAUACUUUCAAUGGAUCCGUGUGGUUUCACUUUCACUUGCUCCCUCUCAGCCCUGAUAAUGCUGACACGCUCAAACAGGUCUCUGUUUAUUGUUAUUUUCCAUCCUUCCAUCAAUACUUGACACUUGAGACAUUUUAUUUCAUAUUUCUUUCUUGGAAUGAUAUACCAAACUGGAUUUAAAGGUCUUUUUCGAGGUAAGGUUGAUGCAAUCCAUUUUUAAAAACCUGUCUGUUUGUUUACUCUUUCAUGUAAGUCCUCCGUUAGUAUGAAGCUUUGCAAGCUCAUUGGUUAAUCUGGCCUGAUGUCAUAUUUCCGUUGAGCAGGUUGAAAGAGGAAGACGAGGGUUUGUCUGGAACUGGCGGCUGAGAGGAAGCACAGUCUGUCAGAGGAAAACUAAAGCUUUGACCCCAUCUGCACAAAUUUAAAAAGGUAAGACUACUUUAAGGAAACACUAACAUCUUACCCGGUGAGAUGUUACUAUUUAUUUUGUAAAGCUGUGAACAAAGUGGCGGUACUGUCUGAGGUUAUGUAGUGUGAUGAAAUCAGGCAUGUAAGAACUGGCCCUAAAUUCAUUUGAAAGCUGUCAGAUGAAAGUUUUCCUUCAACUCUCCAUUUUGUUUGCCCUCUCUAUGAAACAAAUGAACACUGUUUAAGUAAACUUAGGUAGUUUCUCUCCUACGAAUUUAUUCAGUCUGAGCCUUCCUCUUCAGUUAGAAGAGGAAGGGUGUGAAUGCAGUCCAGUUCAUUUACAAAAAAAUUUGGCUAAACAUUUUUUUUAAAUCUAAUAUAGUUGCUUGAGCCAAAAGCAUCCUCAAAGUGACUGUCUCAUAACUUAAUGUUAUGGUGAUGGCUUAAAUUAUAACUUCUGUGGUCCGUUUUGUAGUGGACAAUCAAAGUCGAGAUGCAAAGUUUCAGCUAUUUUGCAUGAGAAGUGGAACAAAAAGGGUUGGGUUGAAUCAUUCAAUGUCCCUUAAAUAUUUUCAUUCUUCUUUAACAGAAAACUCUGAUGGCAAGACUUAAAGAGGAGCUUUGGAAAACUCUGCAGGACUUAAAAGAUGAGGAUUUUAAGCACUUUAAGUGGUUCCUAAACCAUGAUGACAUGGAGGAGGGCUCGUCAGGAAUCCCGGUUUCUCGGUUGGAAAAAGCAGAGAGGGAGCAAGUAGUGGAUCUGGUGGUCCAGAAAUAUCAGGAUCCUGGAGCUCUGAGGGUGACCGUGAAGGUUUUAGGAAAGAUCAGCAGAAAUGAUCUGGUGGAGCGUUUGCAGAGGUUCAGCCCAGGAACCAAAGGUAAGAUUAGGGCAGGGGUGGGCAAUCAUGUGCCAUGGAGGGCUGAGGGGCUGCAGGUUUUCUUUCCAACCCAAAACUCCACCAGGUUAUUUCACUGAUUAGUCCCUGCUCUCUGCUUGGAGGUAUGUUAAUCAGUAAAAUCACCUGGUGGAGUUUUGGGUUGGAAAGAAAACCUGCAGCCUCUUGGCCCUCCAUGGCACAUAAUUGCCCACCCCUGGAUUAGUGAAUGUCAAAAUAUAAAUACUAGAUUGGAUUGGGAUUUGAGGCCAAUAAACAUCUAUGAACAAUAUGGAGAGCUUUCUGUAAGAUAAACAUUUGUUGUUGUUGUUCUGCUUUAUUUCAGACCUCAAGAACCAAAAGACUUAUGCUCUAAAGGGUGAUUUUGAAAAAAAGAAGGCUGAACUGGGAGCUAAACUGAGUCGAAUGAUCCAGGAGAGAGAGAUGAAGAUCAGAGAAAUCAAAUGUUCUGUGGUGCUCAGCAGCAAAUCUGCAGACAUACACAUCGCUGAUAGCAAGCAGGCCUUUGAUGUCCUGCUGCAAACUUUGAGGGAAAGUCUAGAUAACCUCAUCAAGGCCAUCAAUGAAAAGAGGGAAGCAACACAGAAACAGAGUGAAGAGUUCAUCCAAAAGCUUCAGCAGGAAAUCUCUGAGCUCACCAAGAAAAACACUGAGCUGGAGCAGCUCUCACCAACCAAAGACCACCUCAACUGUGUCUCUCUCAAUGCCAUUCCUCCCACUAAGAGCUGGACAGAAAUCAGCAUUACUCCACCGCAAUAUGGAGGAAGUUUGGCCACCACUGUGACUCAGCUUGAAGAAAAACUAAGAGAACAAAAGGAGAGGUUUAUCAACAAGGGAAAGCUAAGCAGAGUCCAGCAGUUUGCAGAGGACGUGAUGCUUGAUCCUACUACAGCACAUCCCUCCCUCAUUCUGUCCAAGAAUGGGAAGCAGGUUCACUCUGGAUUGGUAAACCAAAAUCUAGCAGAUAACUCAAAACGAUUUCUGUCUGCCAUCAACGUUUUGGGGAAGCAGGGCUUCUCCUCAGGACGGUUUUAUUACGAGGUUCAGGUCAGAGGGAAGACUUCUUGGGAUUUAGGUGUCGUCAAAGAGUCCAUUGACCGGAAAGGACCAAUCACAGCAAAACCUGAGAACGGCUACUGGACGAUAUGUUUGAGAAAUGGAAAGAACUACAAAGCUUCUGGAGCCCAUCUCAGUGUGAAAUCUGAGCCAAAGACAGUGGGCGUGUUUGUGGAUUACGGGAAAGGUUCAGUCAUUUUCUUUGAUGUAGAUUCAGCAGACAUCAUCCACAGCUUCACAGAGUGUUCCUUCACCGAAAAACUGUACCCAUUCUUCAGUCCUGGUCUUCCUCUUGAUGGUACCAACUCCAUGCCCCUUAUAAUCUCUCCUGGCCCUCGCACUGAUUGAUCUCAAAGUGGUCCUUUUCCUGAGUUUGAACUGUUUAUUGCAGCAACAGCAGGGCCAAAACAGUGCACCAAGGUAGAAGGAUGUGCUUGCCAUGGGAUUUUAAGAACGUCACGUGUGGUGUGUAAAAGAGCAGCCCUAGUUGCCUGCCUGAACUAGCUCCAAGGCUUUGCUCCAUUCCUUGAUAGAUUUUCAGAUUUGGCCACCAAAACAUGUUUCAGUGUCUGAAAUUCGCUUUUCAAAGUGUGUGUGGUCUGUUUCAUUUGCAAAAGUACACCACACCACUUGGCAAUCAACUUUUUUUUCCGGGGAACUUUGGGACGCCUUCGUCCAAAUUUUACCACCAGUUGAGUUUGUCCCUCCCUCCCAAACAGGUGUCAAAGAUUCUGGGAGUAUUAAUGUCACAGUGUAAUUUCUGAACCUGUUCAUCAAUCAUUGAGAUGAUGACAAGGUUGCAUAGAAGUUUUGGUGGUUAGUUGUCAAGCUCAAAUAUUUAGGGUUUCAGAUCCUUGAACUCAGUCAGUUUGUUCCAUCAUUUUUAUGUCUAGUUUAAAUUCUGUUCUAUUCUCUUUAGUAGCUCUGAUUAUGACAGCACUGCUUCUAAAUCAGCCUAAUGCCAUAAUUACAUUUAAAAAUUACAAUCUGACCAAGUGCUGUCCUUGGAAAACAGUCUUCCUGGUGAAGACACCCAUCAGUGCCGAUUGGGACCAAGGGCUAACCCACAGUUAGAUAACGACAAACAACGCUUACUUGUUUGUGGAAAGAAACUUCAGUUUCUACUAUCUCGUUUCGUUUUCUUCCGCUUCAUCCGGGUCCGGGUCGCGGGGGCAGCAGCUUCAGGAGGGAAGCCCAGACGGCUCUCACCCUGACCACUUCCACCAGCUCCUCCAGGGGGAUUUUCAGGCGCUCCCAGGCCAGGCGAGAGAUAUAAUCCCUCCACCUGGUCCUGGGCUUGUGGCUGGUCUGGAACACCUCUAGUUUCUACUAUCUUCUAUGUUUAAUUCAAACAACCACAAGAUCACAUCAUUGGUAUAAAAACCUUGGAAAUAAAAUAACCUACAGGCUUCUUCCUUGAUUAGCUUUAAUUUUUACAGAAACUGUCCAAACUUCUGAAAUAAAUAAACAAUGCUUCAACAGCAUAACCUUGCAUGAAUUGUCUUUGUUAUCUUACAGGAUUAUCAUUUUAUGUGUAUUUUAUAUAUCAACACAGACUAACACAGUUAACUUAACAUUCAAAAAACUCAAAGUUCAGCCAUUAGAACUGUAGAAAUCAUAAAUCCAACCUCUGGGCAGUGCAAAUCAGUUUCAGUAGUCUGUACUGAAGUGAUUGUUGACUUUGGAGACAGGAAUGUAGACUUUGAGGUCGAUGAGGAAAAACUGUUUCUGCUCCUCUAGCCACAGCAACAUCAUCUUCACCCGGCCCCCCUGGUCCCUGUACUCCAUCAGAAAAUAAUCUCCACUGUAGUCCAAGGACAGCAUCUUGGUCGCCAUUUUCAUGCAAAUAGGCGAGCUGACGCACCAGAAGGGUUUCUGGAACUCGUCCAGCAGAGUCAGCGUUAUGAUGCAGCAGUUCUACACGGCGUAAGAAAGAACUAUCAGCGCAGGAAAGAGGGAUGUUAUCUUUUUCUCUUCCAACAUAAAGUACACAAGAUUCAGGGGAGGAAGACAGGAAAGAGAGGAAACGAUAGAUGAGUCUGCAUGAAAUGAGGAUGAGAAGGCAGCGUCAGGGUGAGGAGCAUGCAUGGGUGCAGGGGAAAAACUGUACACCCUGCCUCCCUCUUAUUUUGUUUUUUUAUGAGGAAAGGUCAUAGAAAGUAGAAAACGACAGACAAAAAAAAUGUGUGAUUUCACUCCCAACAGCAACACUUAUAGAGGAGAACCCCACAUGUCCAGUUUUAGCUCCAUUGUCACAAGGGAUUGAAGCAACAGCAUUGACAUCAGAGCCCUUUAGCUAAAGAAAACAUCAUUUUAAAUUACCAAGAAAAAGCCAAAAAUCCCUGAGGCAAGUACAGUUUACACCAAUACAGGUUCUGGGGAAGUUAAAUUACUUUUAAAUGGGUGUUAAUUACAUUUUUUACCCGUUUCUUUUCUACUAUACUUUAUUAGAAACAGAGAUGUUAAUCAUGGUGUUACACAUGUGUUUCUUAGCAUAAAAAAACUAUUAAUAACUACAGUACCAUUGCUAUUUACAUGCAGGAGGCGGGUUUUGCGACUUAAAGUGCAGCAGCUCCAAAUGUUUUGCUUUCACUUUCAGGAAGGUGACAUGCUGUCCAUCUCGAUGUACAGUCUAAACUCCGCAUGUAUCCUCUUUUGUUAUUGGGAAGUCAUUAAAUUGAGUGCUUUAAAUAACCCUGAGAUCUAUUUAAUCUGAAACGAGGGUUAUGUAAUGCAAUAAAUCAUGGAAAUUUAAAUUUUGAUAGAUCAAUGGUAUUAAUAUGCAGUAGCUAUUACAUUGAGGACCAAGCAGAGGUCUAUAUGGGAAAGAAAUUGUAUUGCUGUAUUUUGUACUAUGAGGAAAAUGGCUAAUUUUUAAUCAUCUCUUACCUUUGGCUCAACCAUUGUACAGCUCUGAAUUGGUGACAGGAUACAAGUGUGUUCAUGGUCUAAGAUUUUUAGAUUUGUACAGAUUGUUGUGGUCAGGUGUACCUCUACUGAGCCCUCCAGCUCCUCACUCUUCCACGGCAUCUUGAUGUUUCCAGAGAGGGACCUGUGCUUGGACAGGUUGGUCCUGUCGAUGAAUCUUAGCUCCACCUGUCCAUCCAUGAUCUGACCUGAUCCCACUAACAAAUUAGGAAUAAACAAGAUGCUUCACUUUUUCAAACAAAACCAAACAGAGCAGAACAGAAUUGAUGGGAUAAUGUGUAACAAAGUUUGAGUAGAUAACCAGAGUACUUCUGUGAGAGUAGAGUUGGAAGAAGCUUCCAGAGAUGAUCUUAGUGUCUGUGUUGUGCAGACCAAAAUGCAGUGAGUAGCUGUGCAGACCAAACUCAGGGUCAGAGUUAUCUGCUGGUAAGGGGUUCUCGGGCUCUGAGUAUGGGCUGCAGAGAGGGACAAACAGGAUGAUGAGGACCACUGGAUUACAUGACGUCUUUAUAUAAUACCCUUUUAGGGGAGAGGCGUUACAAAGUGCUUCAUGAAUAUAUGCAAACAAACAGACAUUGAUCACACAAAGUAUUACAUUAUUAUAUCAGACAGAGAAUCAGAAUUAAGAGAAAACAUUAGAAACAAGAAAAAGUUUAAAAAUCAAGAAUAACACACAUCAAAUGUCCUUCAAAGUAAAAAGCAGCAACUAUAAUAAUGACAGUGCUAAAUAUUGUGGAUUGGAUUGUGUUGGCAUAAUUUGCAAAUCUGCUGUGAUGUCUUUUGACCAGUAGGUGGAGCUCUAACCCACACUUGACUUGACUAGAUCCACUGAACAGAUGUCACAGAAUGUGAUUGAUAAAUUUAGCCAGUCAGAAAUCAAAUGACUUUUUUUAUGUAAGUUAAACAAGUUGACUCAACCAGACUGGAGAUCCUAGCAGACUUCUCUCCACCAGCUUAUGGAAGUGCAGACAGACCAUGAAGAAAGCCACGCUGUUCUCACCCUACGACACACACAUUUAAUUUCUUUGUUACACAGCUGUGGUAGAUACUUGACUCUGAUUGAUCAAAACUCCAUGGCAACAGUCUGUUGUUGCUCAAUAACUACCUUUGUUUUGCCGCUGACUCAUUAACCAUGCAUAUUAUAAACCAUUAUUUUAAAUUCUGUUUUGCAGCAUACUCACCCUCCAGAUGCCUACGAUGAAGCUAGGCAGCAGAUGAAUCAGUCUGAUCAGUCUGUCUUGGCCAAUAAACCAAGUGGGCUGAGUUCUCAUGUCCAAAUUAGAGAUCAGAGAGCGCCAGCCAGUCCUGAGGAUGAGGAGGAGUAAAUGUUUGGUGGAGUCAGAGCAGCAGACUUUGUGAUGGGCAGAGUGCAUCUUACUUCUUUGUUUUGAGGCUCCAGUGCGCCUCCUUCCUGACUGCGUGAAGCUGGAUGUUUGUAAUGUAAUGAUAUUUAGGAAAGCAGCUUCCAUUCCAGCAAAGGAUCAUGGACGACUCAAAGACGGACAUCCAGCUCUGCUGCAGUGUGAUCUUCUUCUCUAAGUUCCCAGCUUCUACCGUCAGCUCCCAGCUCAUGUUCAGGUUCCUGAAAAAUAUCAACAUACAGGCCUGAAACAACCAGAUGUGACAGACACAAAUAUUCUCAAGACUUUUAAAUAUUUAGACCUGAAACUUCUUUGAAUCCAGUGUUUGCUCUGUGAAUCAGACUGUACCUGAGGACCCACUUUGUCUUUCUGGGCAGCCCGGUGUACAUGCUGAUUUCUCUCAACUCUCUCCUCCAUUUGUUGAUGUCCUGUCCAGCAACAGCUGUGAAGUACAUCCUCUUCCAGUGACCGGCCAACUGACCACCCACCUCCUCUGCAUCAACUCUGUGAACUGCAUCGUCUGCCCACUUUGGCUUCCAAGUUUGACCCCCAAACUCUGACAUGUAGAUCUUUUGCCACAUAAUACUAGAGUGAAACAAAGAUGAUAUGAGUUCGAAGAUGCUGAGUCUCUCAGAAAGCUGGGAAGAAGUUCACCACUGUGUGAGAGACGGCAUGAGCAAACUGUGUAGAAGUGGAAUAAAGACCCUCUACAUCACCCUUCUUUUCUUCUACAUUUUUUAGUGUGAUACAAAAGUCAACAUCAUAUGAUAUAAAAUGGUGACAAAAUAUAAACUCUCCUUUUAGUGUGAAAUAACAUGAUAACCUUUCAUUAAAAUCUGGCCUUAAACUGACUCUGUCCCACUUACUCGUCGUUGGCAAUUUGGUGGAAACAUUUACUGACAUAGCUUAUGCAAAACAGCGAAGAGGCGUCCAGGUAUGACAGAAUCUUCAUCAGUAUCUCAGACGGCAACCUGAAGACAAAUUCCAACAUACUGGUGGGUAAAUGUUGUUGUUUGUAAUCAAAUAGCUUUUAUUACAGUUACCAUUAAUAUUUCAAGUCCAGCUGUCCAACAGUCUGUGUCUUAAGGUUGGGAAACCCCCUUUUUGUCCCUCCAGUUUCACAUAAUCAAGUUUACUUUUGUCCUGCUUUUUUUUUCAUUCCAAGAAAACUCUUGCUUAAAUAAAAUACUUAGUAUAAUGUAGCUACAACCCUGGUGCUUUCCCCACAUUUUUUACCAAUACUUGGGGGGGGGGGGGGGGAGGUUACGCUUUCAGGAAACAGCUGCUACCACUUCAUAAUUUCCCCAUGACUUCUACUUUAGAAGGGGAAAAAACAACAGUAAUUUUGCUUAAUGUUACUCCUUAAGUAUAAGGAGUAAAUUAAGGUUUACUCCUUAUAUACUAAGAUAAACUAAGGAAACCACGGUUGUAAUGGCAACAUGGUAGGCUACCAUAAAAGCUGAUAGAGUCGGCCAGCCAACUUACCUUUCAAUAAAGUUUUCUUUAUGUCCGGACGUUACGGUUGGAGUUGGGUUUGCUUUCUUACUCUCCAUGUUGGGUUCUGGGAAGCUGUGAUACAAAUUAUACUUUAAAAAUACUGUAUCUUUCAUUAUAUCUUGGUUUUGUUGAAUUGUAAGCUUAAAUUUUCCAGGAAAUACACGGUUGCUAUCAGCGCCAACACCUGCGGUCCACGCCUUUAACCGAGACCGGCGGCGCUGCCCCCGGCAUCCACUUCUUUCCCCUCCGUCCUCUGUCCGGACCCGGCGGUCGUCGUUCUGGACCUUGCCGUUUUCCACCUUCAACUAACACGGUGGAUGAUCUCUCAAAGCCCUCCAAGAAACUGCGACAAAACUCCCCUCGUCCGGCCGCCAUCUUUCCCGAAUUAGGGCAAGUGCUGUCCAAAAACGCUACCGUCUGAAUUCAGGUCUCGAGGCCAAAUUAAAAACGCUUAACUUCAGACAAUUUCAGGCACUGCAUAGACAUAAUAUACAUAGACGCCUCAUUACAUGCUGGAGCAUAUGCUGCGUUCGCGUUACCUUAGAAGUCCGAAGUUUCGAAAGUUUACAACAAAGUUCGAAGUUCCGAACUGAAAAUGACGUCACACUCGAGUUGCCAGCGUUUCAGUUACAAAGUCGGUAAAAAGCUAAAUCGGAGGUGGCUAAUCAGUUGGCUACAUCUACAAAAGUCAUUUUAGCGUUACUUUGUCCGAAUAUAAGGCAAGCGCUAAAAUAACUUUUCUAGAUGUAGCCAUCUUGUUUCAGGCUUCCAAUUCGCUUAUUUUCCGACUCGGGUGUAACGUCAUUUUCAACUCCGACUUCUGACUUCUAAAGUAACUGCAAUUUAGCAAUAAUCCCAAUAGUAUGUGUCUGCAGAGCCGGAGAGCCCUGCAGCUGCAGUUUUACACGCUGCAGUUCUACACGUGUCAGCGCCCCUGCUGGUAGGUCAGUGCUAAUGCAGAUGCUGCAGUUCUAUACGUGAUAGCGCCCCAUGCUGGUAGGUCAGUGCUAAUGCAGGUGCUGCAGUUCAGUAAUUGGACUUCUUUACAUGGAUAUAAUGUGUUAUUUUGCUGAAAAAAAACGGAAUAUGAGCUGACAGUCAAUAUUUAAGGUUUGGUUAACCCAAAACACCUUGUAGAAUUUAGGUUUAUUCCAUCCAAAACAGUUAGGAGUAAUCUAAUUUCAAUGUAAUAAAAAAAAUAUUUAUUUCUGGACCCAGUGUUUUAAAUGCCCGAGCCAAAGCAAGCUGUGCAGUGCUUGAAGCCCUGUAGGGACCAGCUUUGCCUUUUUAUUUAUUCAUUACAUUUGAUGACAAUUUGACCCCUUUGAGUGAGAAUUUCAUAGUAUUGUCAUUCCAGGUAAUUCUUUGUGGUGAUCAACAAAAAAAAUAUGAUUGGCUCUUAACGUCUACAAAAAAAUGUCUUCUAUCAAGAACAAAGCUGUGCAAAAAGGCUGUUGCCAUGGAGAAGCCUUUGAUCAUAAAGCCACCAAGAAUUGGCCUUUUGUCAAAGUGGCUAAGUGUUUUAAUCUUAAGGUAAAGAGCAGUUCUUUGUGACUUGAGUGGUUGUUGGGAGAAACAGGAGGAAGAUGGAGCCAUGUCUGAAAGGCAGCAUCAGGAAAUGGGAGACAACCAUCACAAGAGUCUAAAUUCAUAUGGAAUGCAGGUUUGAAGUCCCUUGAUGGGGGCAAGUUCUUUUCUCUCAUUAUUAGAGUAGUUAAUUAUCUUUCUACAGCAUUGAAUGGAGUCAUGGUGUUAUCCUAAUAUCAUAGAAACAUGCUAAACCUUGUAAAAUUGGUCAAAAACAUACCAUAAUCACUUCAGAAACAAACAACACAUCUUGUAGUAAACAUAUUUUUUUAUUAACAAACAAACUUGUUGCAGGACUUGUGCAGCCUCAUGUGAAUUAUCAGGAUGGAUGAGUCCUGAAAGAAAGACACAUGAUAGAAAUAAAAUGUUUGACAUUUGACUUAGAUAUUUAAAGCUCAGAUUGUGAAGUAUGUAACAGCUCUACAUACCAUUCAGAGGUUUCCUUCCCUCUUCAUUUUCUUUUCGAUCGACCGACUGAAUUCUUCCACUUCACUACAAUAGGAAAUGAAAAUAAUCACUGCUGGGUAAAUUAAUAUUUGAAACUGAAAAACCUGAAAGAAAAAACUGAAAGACCUGAAAUUGUAAAUUGAAGAAUUUACAAUUUCUUAGUUAUAGUAAGGAUUUCAGCUAAUUUGUGUUAUGUUUUAUUAUUUUUUUUACCUCUGAUGAAUUGGCGGACCAGAAUGGAAGACCUCCUCAGCUUCCUGCAUGGAGAGGUUGUGGAGUGCACAAUUCCGACAAGCUAACAAUAGCUUUAGCUGGCUUAACCAACAUAAAUAUUCGACGUGUCUUCCAGACUAUCAUGGUAAAUAUCAUUAACGUCCGCACAACCACACAUUAAUUUCUCAUUCAAAUCAAGUGAACGAUUUUGGAGACGCUAAAUAAAUUGUGGGAUUCACAUUUAAUACUCACGGUUCGAUCAACAAACUCCGCUACAGACCAUUGCAUACUAUUGACAACUCUUCUCCAAAGAACACGAAAACGAAGAGGAGAAAAAAAGGGGGCGGUUACAUGAUUUCGAGACUCCGCCUCCUGCAGUUUUACACGCGUAGAACUGCAGCUGCAGGGCUCUCCGGCUCUGCAGAGACACCCUUCUCAAUAAUCCAGUGUUGCCCUCAUAUUGUAUGGGUCUCGUCGGUUCGCACCAUUGCCAACCAGAGUCAAGGGAAAACAAGCAACUAAAUGUACGUUUUUUUGUGCACUAUAUGGUUGCAAAAACUGACACGGUAUUGAACCCAGAUCACGUAGGAUUACAUUUACUAAGUAAGAUUGAAAAAUAAUUUUGGCUGUUUUUUAUGUGUAACAGCAUUCUGUACUAGAGCUACAUUUCUGCCAUUUGUAAACAACCAAACCGUGUGAAAAUCGUACAAAAAUGUAGGGAAAAGUGAAUUAAUUAGUUGGGCACACGUACAUUCUUCAAUAGAAAUAAAUGUGCUUGUGGUUCAUGGGGGGACCCACCCAAGAUGGCGGCCGCACUGAUACAUUAGCUUCAACAGGCAGCAUCGGUCUAUGAGGCGUCUGCGUGCAUUAUGUGUAUGGGCCACAAGCUAUGAAUUUAUUAGUUUUAUUGAAUAUUUCUCAUUUAUUUGUGAGAUUUGUGUGAGUUCUCCCACUGGAGUUAGAAACGGGGCUCUACGCAUGCGCAGAAUUGCUUAGUAGCCUAUCAAAGUGGGGUAGCACUUUUCGCUAGAACACCAGAGGCUCCACUUUUUGACGUCUAUUCCUCCUCGGUGUAUUGCAUACGACAAUGUUGUGCUUGAAUGACAGUUUCGCACAGGAAGCACGUUUGGGUGAAAAUACCCCAAUAUUGCUAUCAGCAAGGACUCAAAAGGGCUGAGAGUGAGUUAAAAAGAUGAAUUUUAAUCAAGGUAACUGCCGUGAAAACACGGGGGAGGUCGUUGCGCUUCCAGGUCGCUAGAUGGCAGUUACGCUUUUCCAACUUCACGCCUCAAAAAUGGUAAUGUUUAUUAUUUAUUAAAACACCACAGGGCAAAAAUGAACAACAUUUCUCAUCAUGGAUUUAUUAAAUUUGGAUCAUUAAAGGCCCUCUCGAAAUAUGACUUCUCUAAACCUGACCCUUAAGUCAAAAGUCUGUUGAUUUUGAAAGAAAAUGAAAAUUUGUCUAAAAUGUGCCACUUUAUAAGGUAGGGUUGUUGAAGUUGUUAUGUAGCAUGUCACCAUUCAACAAAAAAUGUAUUUGGGGACUUGAAUCAACAUUUGUCUUUUUGUAGUUUGUGUAAAACUGUCUGUCAGCAAAAGUACACUACAAAUAGACAGCUCUUCAAUUGUCAACUCUUUUUAAUCAAAGUGAAACAUCAAAUAUUGUAACCUGCUAUAGCCAUGGUUGGUCUACAAAUUAUCAUCAUGUAGUGAAAAAUGUAUAUGCUUUUUUGCUUGAAAGUUUCAAAUUAGGGUGGCCCUGGAAGUCAGCUACGGAGACAGGUUUUAACAAACAUGUUAAACAUUUUAUAGAAAGCCAAAAAUAUUUGACAAACCCCUCAGAAUUUCACAAAACAUGUAAACAUCAAAUUCAAAAAAAUAAAUAGAUAAAUAAAUCUGGAAUGCCAUAAAAUUCAAUUUAGCACAAAAGUACUUUACUGAAUGCAAUGUAUUUUUUACAGAAUGCAUUUUCAUGGAACCCAAAAACAUUCCAUUAAAAAAUAUAUCUUAAGUAAAUUGGGAGGAAAAAUUCCCAAAACACACACAAAUAUUCAAAUUUGUACAAAGAUACUUUAUGCAAUACAAAAACAUUUCAUGAAAUGCUAAAUAUUUUACAAAACAAACAAAAAUUAUUUUAACAAACAGUGAUGUUACACAAAAUACAAUCUCCUUUUUGUUUGUAUACCUCUGGCAUCUUUUAGAUAGAAUCCCCAGUCUUAGACAUGCCGUAAAAAGUCCAGGAUAAUGUUAAUAACUCAGUAAAUGUUGUCGCUUUGCUCCAGCCUGAA